GUCUUCAGAUCUUCAGAUCUUCAGGUCUUCAGGUCUUCAGGUCUUCAGGUCUUCAGGUCUUCAGGUCUUCAGGUCUUCAGAUCUUCAGGUCUUCAGGUCUUCAGGUCUUCAGAUUUUCAGGUCUUCAGGUCUUCAGAUCUUCAGGUCUUCAGGUCUUCAGGUCUUCAGGUCUUCAGAUCUUCAGGUCUUCAGGUCUUCAGGUCUUCAGGUCUUCAGAUCUUCAGGUCUUCAGGUCUUCAGGUCUUCAGGUCUUCAGAUCUUCAGGUCUUCAGAUCUUCAGGUCUUCAGGUCUUCAGAUCUUCAGGUCUUCAGAUCUUCAGGUCUUCAGAUCUUCAGGUCUUCAGGUCUUCAGAUCUUCAGGUCUUCAGAUCUUCAGGUCUUCAGGUCUUCAGGUCUUCAGGUCUUCAGAUCUUCAGGUCUUCAGAUCUUCAGAUCUUCAGGUCUUCAGGUCUUCAGGUCUUCAGGUCUUCAGAUCUUCAGGUCUUCAGGUCUUCAGGUCUCCAUCUGCAGCUGGUGGAAGACCCCCCCUCCCUGGCCGCCCCGGGUCUCUCCGCAGCCGCCCCGGGUCUCUCCGCAGCCGCCCCGGGUCUCUCCGCAGCCGCCCCGGGGCUGCCCCGGGUCUCUCCGCAGCCGCCCCGGGUCUCUCCGCAGACCCGGGUCUCUCUGCACAAAGCAGAUGUGAAGCGCAGCAGGAGAACCGGGUCUGAUGAAGAAGACUGGACUUCUCAGAGUCCAUCAGGGUCCGGUUCUGUCAGAGGUCAGUCUAACAAGAGGGGGCCCAGCAGACCCCAGAACCAUGUAGACCUGAGGAUCCGGAUCUUGGAGGACCCCAAGACCCAUGUGCUCUCAAACAGUGCUCUGAAGAAGUGUCCUCUGCUGAAGCUGACGUGUCCUCGAGGUCUGAAGGAGGAGGACCUGGUGGACCUGCUGAGGUCCACUUUCCCUCAGCUGAGUGGAGAAGACAAACGUUUUGACAUCUUGACCUGUGAUAAGAGGAGAAGACUGAAGAGAGUGACGUCAGAACAGAUGGACGGACACUCGAGCUGCACAGAGUCCAAGACACUGCCGCUCUUCAUCCGCCUCAAGACACAAAAUGAACCUCAGGACAACGAGGACAUCUGUCCUCUCCAAGAAAACAGAGACUCUGAAGACGCUGUGUUGACGUGUGAUAAAACCAGCGGCGCUGGUCAGGAGGUCGACGCCAGCGGAGCGGAGGCGUCGUGCAGCUCGAUGUCGCACCAACAAGACGUGGACACAGAGCACGCCAACGAUGACGGUCGAGAGUUCAUCCCAGAACUCUACGAGGACUUUGGAGCGUGCUCAGCUGAAAACAGUAAAGAGGAAGAGACCGAGGAACAAAGAGCGCCCGGUGACAGCGGCGAGGAGGAGUGGAAACCAGACGAGGGCGAGGAGGAGGUGAAAGAGAGCGACGCUGAGCUGCAGCCGAAGACGACCAAGAAACAAAGAGUGCGACGCUUCAAGGCGACGGAGAAAAAGCGCACGUGUAAAGUGUGCAGCGUUUUGCAGAAAUCAGAAGCGGCGCUCGUCAAACAUGCCUGGAGUCACGUGGACGAUCCGAGGAGUCUCUGUGGCGUUUGUGGAGAACGUUUCCCGUCUGAGGCGGCGCUGAACGAACACCUUCUGACUCGCCACAAAACAGCGGACUGCCACGUCUGCGGCGAGUCGUUUUUAAGCGUCCUCGGCCUGAAUGAGCACGUGGCGGCGCACUCGGGGGAGAAAACGUACGAGUGUGACGUCUGCCCCGAGACGUUCGCGUUGAAGGCGACGCUUGAGAAUCACAAGAAACGCCACGAAGCCAGAAAGACGCAUAAAUGUCACACGUGUAAUAAAGUGUUCGAGGCGAGGUCGCAGCUGAACGCUCACCGCGUCACGCACACUCAUCUCUGCGGCGUGUGCGGGAAGUCGCUCAGUGACUACAGGUCGUUAUCACGCCAUAAGAUGACGCACACCGGGGAGAGGCCGCACAGCUGUGAGACAUGUGGGCGGAGCUUCAAACUGGCGGGGACGCUGAGACAACACGAGAAGAUCCACACGGAGAGAGAGCGAGCGUUCCUCUGUGACGUCUGCUGUAAGAUGUUCCUGAGCAGCAAACAGCUGACGCUCCACAUGAGGACGCACACCAACGAGAAACCCUUCCACUGCGCAGAGUGCGGGAAGGGCUUCACCACCAAGGGGCCUCUGACAGUCCACAUGAGGGUCCACACGGGGGAGACACCGUACCGCUGCCCCGACUGCGGUUGGUCCUUCAAACGUAAAGUUCACCUGGAUAACCACGUGACGGUGCACUCCGACCUCAAACCGUUCGUUUGUGGGAUCUGCGGGAAGGCGUGCGCUCGCAAAGUCUACCUGAAGGUCCACAUGAGGACGCACAACGGGGAGAGACCGUACAAGUGCACCCUGUGUGAGAAAGCCUUCACGCAGAGUCACUGUCUGAAGAGUCACCUGAAGAGUCACCUGACCCAGGAAGCUGUGACCUCCUGACCCGGGCGCCGUUUGAGGAUCAGAUCUGUGAAGGUCGGAUUGUUCUACUCCACUUAAAGUCUUAAAAUGUAGAAAUCCAGUCUAUCCUCUAAAAAUAACUCUGUGAGUCAUGACUGUCUACAAUGGGUGUAACACCCGAG